UCAUAUGGUUGAAAGCCACGACGAAAUAACUCUCUCCUAUCUUGUUUGAUUCGGUUUCCGGGCAUCCAAAAAUGCCUCACGGAAGAAGGAAGAUUGCGUUCAGUGGCAAGCAGAAAAAGCAACAAUUGGUGGCCAAAAAACAGGCCAAAUGUAGCACUUCGCAAAAUGUGGUACGCAAGCUGCGGGACGAUGAGUCGAGUGACAUCAGCGAGGACAGCGAUAUGCCUCGGACAUUCGGGGAGAACAUCGAAAAGCUUAACAUGCAACCGCUGAAGGAUCCACGCAGCAAAAGCAACCGAUACGUGCUACAAUUUCACCGCGAAACGGCCAAGGAGUUGCGCGAGCUCAAAGAGGAGGCUCACAAGCCGCUCGUUCACCAAAGUGAACAGGAAAUGGAACUGGGCGACAGUUACUUCCGAGAUUACGAUUUCCCCAAGCGACCCAAAUGGAGCUAUGAGAUGUCGAAAGAGCAGCUGGAUGGCAACGAAAACCGAUACUUUUUUAAAUACGUUACGUUGCUGGAGAAAACCCAUUACGACGAUAUGAAAUCGUUAAGCUUCUGUGAGCUAAACCUGGAAACGUGGAGGCAACUGUGGCGUGUUUUGGAGCUUUCAGACAUUGUGCUUACCAUUGUCGAUUGCCGAUUUCCUACAUUGAUGUUUCCUCCGUCCCUGUACCGCUACGUAACCGAAGAACUGGGCAAAGGCAUGAUCUUGGUGAUCAAUAAAAUCGAUUUGGUGGCUCCGGAGGUUGUGCUUGCGUGGAGGCGUUACUUUGAGGAAAAGUACCCCCAAAUCCAGGUGGUGCUCUUUACCUCCUAUCCGUCGUACAACCUGUGCGGCAAGCAGGAGAGCAAGCACGGGCUAAAGAUUCGGCGAAGACGUGGUCGCAUGCGAAUGGCAGCAGAAGGUUCUCUGCAAAUUUACGAAGUAUGUCGCCGGUACGUAGGAAAUGAUGUCGAUUUGGAUUCCUGGGAGAGAAAAAUACUAGAAGAACGCAACGCACCGAUGGAGGUGGAUGGCGCCGAGGAGGACGAAAAACUAAUCGCCGAAAGCACGCAUGAGGAGGAGAAAGAUUUCGCGUUCGAAGAGCACGUAAAGUUCAAGAACGGUGUGCUGACGAUCGGAUGCGUCGGUUAUCCGAACGUCGGCAAGUCGUCCUUGCUGAACGCGGUCAUGGGUAGGAAGGUGGUCAGUGUCAGUCGGACGCCUGGCCACACAAAACACUUCCAGACAAUUUUUCUCACCAACACCGUGCGGUUGUGCGACUGUCCUGGAUUGGUGUUUCCUUCUGCAACGCCACGCCGUCUACAGGUGCUCAUGGGCAGCUAUCCGAUUGCGCAGCUCCGUGAACCGUACGCUUCCGUGCGUUUUAUAGCCGAGCGUAUCGACCUGUGUCAGCUGCUCUCGCUGAAGCAUCCCGAAGGCGAAAAGCAUUCUGUGUGGUCUGCGACCGACAUCUGCGAUGCUUGGGCUCUCAAACGUGGCUUUCUGACCGCAAAAUCGGGGCGCCCAGACACCUACCGUGCAGCAAACAGUAUUCUGCGGAUGGCGUUGGAUGGAAAAAUAACACUUUCCUUGAAACCGGUCGGAUACCAUCAGCAGAAAAAAGCCCUAGCUGACGAUCCGGAGCUGGCGCGAGUAAAGGAGAUACAGGCCAUAGUCGAAAACGAAGGCAAAGAGGAUGACGAUGAUUGUUUUUCCGAUACCGACACGGAGGAUGUUGCGGGAGCUAGUAAUGAUGGGGAUAAUGAAGAGGAUGAAGAUCCCAACUCGACGACUUCACCUCCGGCCAGUUCCAGUAGUGUUAAUCCAUUUGAAUUGCUUGUCGGUCGCGAGUAAAAUUUCUUUUCCUUUAUCUUACGACCACUCAUAUUUGUACCCAGUUUGUUGCUUCGCUUUUAAUAAAUGGUUCUUC